UCUGUGAGUCACAGUAGCGCUAUGCUUGCACGAUUAACUUGAUAUGUGACCGGCUAAAAGGCGUUGCUAAGCUUAGAUCCAUUUAAGGGACCGAAAUCGGCGAACAAUAGCUCAUACCCUUCAAAGAAAUCGGGGCGUAGAGGACUUUACUCCUCAGAUCAAGCAUGAGGGUUGUAUAUCUUGUGCUUGUGGUUGCUGUAAUUAUCGCCAUCACGGAGGCUAAAUCCGUGAAAAAGAGCAAGACCCGAUCUCCUAAACAUCCCCGUCAUCGUACACUCGCAGAUGAUUACAAAUUGAAUAGGAUAUCCGCCAAGUACUGCAAGGAUUAUGACGAUAGCUGCAAGGCAUUCGGAAAAAUAGCAAAGAAAGACAAGAAAAGCUGCUUCAACAAUCCUGACAAGGCACGUAUGGCAUGUCCUGUCAGCUGCAAGCUUUGCGACAAAAAAACAUUCCACAAGAAAAGCAAACUGAGCGAUGUGGUAGUUGUUCGUGCGAUGUGUGUAGAUAUAGAGGUCGACCAGUGCAAUCCAGACGUGUGUUACACCAAUCCCGACUGGGCCACUGAAAACUGCAGAAAAACAUGCAUGCUCUGCAAACCAGACAUUCGAGGCCCAUGUGACACUGAUCCUCGAUGCCCUUUCUGGGGUCAGUACGGCUACUGUAGCACCGCUACUUACAUUGACAACCACUGUCCGUACAACUGCGAUGUCUACAGUUAUGUCCCUGAAGCGCCGCAGCCAUAUCCACUACCCAUUGAGCCUUUGUAUGCAUACCAGCCUCUUCCCUACCCCACAGCACCCCCGGGUGUAACUCCUGCGACCCUACCUCCCUACUACGAGAACGCUCCCCAGCCUACCUACGCACCUGGUGCACAGUAUCCAGCUGCAACUGCAGCACCCGCACCCUCAGCUCCUGGGGCAACAGCAGCACCCGCACCCUCAGCUCCUGGGGCGACCGCGGCACCCGCACCCUCAGCCCCUGAGGCGACCGCGGCACCUGCACCCUCAGCCCCUGAGGCGACCGCGGCACCCGCACCCUCAGCCCCUGAGGCGACAGCGGCGCCCGCACCCGCCCCUGAGGCUGCUCCCUCGGAGCCUGAGGCAGCACCCGCGCCCGCCCCCGCCCCUGAGAUGGCACCCGCCCCUGCCCCUGAGAUGGCACCCGCCCCUGAGGCUGCUUCAGCACCCGCCCCUGAGGCGGCACCAGCACCUGAGGCUGCUUCAGCACCCGCCCCUGAGGCGGCACCAGCACCUGAGGCUGCUUCAGCACCUGCCCCUGAGGCUGCUUCAGCACCCGCCCCUGAGGCGGCACCAGCACCUGAGGCUGCUUCAGCACCCGCCCCUGAGGCGGCACCUGCACCAGAGGCUGCACCUUCUGAGCAGCCCAUGCCUGGCAAGAAGAGUAAGAGCAAGCCGAGCAAGAGGAAGGGAGUCAAGAAAAGCAAGAGUGGACACAAGAGACACCACUAACUGAUUGGGCAUGUUAUAUCAUUGGUUUGCUUUGUUAAGCAAUCUUAUAAUGCUUGAUAGUCAUGAAUAGAAUAAAAGAUAAUAAAGAA